AUGUUUGCUUCGCUUUUACUUUCUGUUGACAAAUUCCAGAACGGUCAUGUUGUCCGUCUGGAGUGGACCCGCGUCGGUUAUCCGUCGCUGCCACCCACGGCAAACUACACCGUCUACAACGGCACGACUAUCCUUUACAUAAGAGGAGUCACAGAAGAGGAUGAGGGCCAAUACAGAUGCAUGGCCACCACGAUCAACUCUAUUGCAACCGACGACGCGACAUUAACAAUCGGUGUACCUUCCGGCAGUCAGUCUUUUUUGUUUACUAACACAUUUUGA